UCAUUGUUUGAUUAAUUACUAUGUUUCUGUGCCUGGAUGCAGGGCGGAAAUUCAUGAGGUCCUGGAAGAAUACAAAGAAGGAGCUGCCAAGUUUAUAGGCAUGCCGGACACGGUGCUGUACUGCUCCCUCCAAGACCCGGUUGCCCCCUGCCCCUCUGGCUACAACACCAACAAGGCAGUGUCCCUGUGGGGGACUUCAGGGCGCAUGGAAGUGACGGCUUCCAAGUUCAUGGACAUGCAACGUGUCAUCAAGCCCGACUGGUUUCAGUGCAUCUCUGAUGGAGACACCGUUUCUGGGGAAGUUGGGAGGAAACGAGCCAAGAAAUCCGUGGAUAGGUCUCUCUCCUUCCUGGAUGAAUGCCUCCAGCUCCUGGAGAAAUCACCGGAGCUACAGGGCAGCGUAAUGAUUGGGGUGAUUGAAGGUGGAGAUGUCUUGGAAGAGAGGCUCCGAUCGGCCAGGGAGACGGCCAAGCGGCCCGUGGGCGGAUUUCUGCUAGAUGGAUUCCAGGGACCAGCCAUGGCCAAGGAGACCAAGUUGAAUCUGAUCGCUGCUGUCACGGCAGAGCUGCCCGAGGACAAACCGAGAAUCAUCCACGGGAUAGGCAAACCGGAUGAGGUGCUUGAGUGUAUAGAAAGAGGAGUGGACAUUUUUGAGAGCUUCUUCCCCUACCAGGUGACAGAGCGAGGCUGCGCCUUGUCUUUCAGCUACGACUGCCAUCCCAAUCCUGAAGCAGCGGUUUUAAAUCAAAAUGGGAUCCAGAAYGCAGAGGAAAACAGUGCUGAAAAAGACGAGAGUGAAAUCUCCGGAGCUGAUCCCGAAAUGACACCGUUUGAGAUCUCUCUGAAGGAUAAAAGGUAUCAGGAGGAUUUUGGGCCCUUGCUGGAAGGAUGCACCUGCUACUGCUGCCAGAGACAUACCCGAGCCUAUGUCCAUCACCUCCUGGUGACCAACGAGCUCCUGGCUGGUGUCCUGCUCAUGAUGCACAACUUCCAGCACUACUUCAGCUUUUUCGCUGCCAUUCGAGAUGCCCUAAGAGACAAUAAACUGAAGCAGCUGAAAGAGCUGAUCUGCAGGCAGGCGCUGCAGGGCCCGGCAAGCGCAAAACCAGGCCAGUGAGCUCGGGGAAGACUGGGAGAAGAAGGACUGCCAAGGCGGGAAGGUUGCAGGUUUCAUCCUUGCGCAAUGGGACUUUGUAACCUGGACUUCCAGCAGGGCCACCUGGGCCUGCUGGGCAGUUAAAUCCUCCCUUCAUGCGGGAAAGGAGAUCUUAUUAGAGAGCACCCUUCAGUUAAUGGACUUCUUACAUUCCGGGGAUAUGGAGGAGCUGAACAGCUCACAAGACCUGCACGGACAGCUUUAUUUUCAGUUACACGCUGCUGGGUUUUGGGAUGGAAAACAGAAUUGCUGAACGUGAGAUUGAGGAAGAAGCAAGGCAUAUACUUAAAAUGAGCGCAGCUGCCUGACAGGAAGCUCAGCAACUGUUUGGGACUUUCAUUCCAGCCUCAAAAGAUACUCCAUGUCAUUUGUUUGUUUACAAAAAAUCCUAAUGGUGUUGGGGUCUCCAUCAUGCAGCUCCCUGAUGCGAGACCCUGCCUCAGUUUAACACGCUUCUCCUUGUGACCAUUGACAGCAUCAGUGUCUCUGGAGAGAAAUGAGUGGAAGUGCUGCUUUUUCUGAGGCACACAGGACCGUAUACAGAGCAGGAUGUUCUCGGAGACAGGCAGAGGCUGUCCAGCUCAGCCAGGCUUUGCCUUAGGGAGUCCUAAUCUGUGGCAUUAGAGUCGGAAAGAAAAGCGUAUAUUUGAACCAUGUCCUGMUUUAGAG